CUAUAAUCUUGUCCAAUUGUGACUCUUCAAAUAACUCAUCAUCUUCUUAUAUGAACCUUCAUCACUAUCACCACCACCAACCUUCUCUGUUCUGUUCCAUUCUCUUCACUUUCCUUCAAUGGCUUCUUCAACCAAAGAAAUAGACAGAGAACUCCCACCUCUUCUCCGUGUCUACAAAGAUGGAACAGUUGACCGUUUCCUAGGCUCUCCAAUUGUACCACCAAUCCCUCUUGAUCCAGAAACAGGUGUUUCAUCAAAAGACAUAGUAAUCUCACAAAACCCAUUAAUCCAAGCUCGUAUUCAUCUCCCAAAACUCACAAACCAAACACAAAAGCUACCAAUUUUAGUUUAUUAUCAUGGUGGUGCUUUUUGUCUUGAAUCAGCUUUCUCUUUCCUUCACCAACGUUAUCUCAACAUUAUUGCUUCACAAUCAAAUGUUAUUGUUGUUUCUGUUGAAUAUAGACUUGCACCAGAACAUCCUCUUCCUGCUGCAUAUGAUGAUGGUUGGUUUUCUCUCAAAUGGGUCACUUCACAUUCCAUUGAAAACAACAAUGACAUCAUCAAUAUUGAACCUUGGUUAAUCAACCAUGGUGAUUUUGAUAGAUUUUACAUUGGUGGUGAUACUUCAGGUGCAAAUAUUGCACACAAUGCUCUUCUUCGUGUCGGUAAUAAUGGCGAUGAAUCUUUACCUGGUGAUGUGAAAAUCAAAGGAGCAUUACUUGCUUUUCCUUUGUUUUGGAGUUCAAAACCAGUUUUAUCAGAAUCUGUUGAAGAACAUGAACAGAGUUCACCGAUGAAAGUUUGGAAUUUUGUGUAUCCUGAUGCAGUUGGUGGAAUUGAUAAUCCUUUGAUUAAUCCUUUGGCAGAUGAUGCACCUAGUUUGGACAAGAUUGGUUGUCCUAAGAUUUUGAUUUUUGUUGCUGGUAAGGAUGAUUUAAGAGACAGAGGGAUUUGGUACUAUGAAGCUGUUAAGAAAAGUGGUUGGAAAGGUGAAGUUGAACUUGUUCAUGUUGAAGGUGAAGAACAUUGUUUUCAGAUUUAUCAUCCUGAAACUCAGAAUUCUAUUGAUAUGGUGAAUCGUAUUGCUUCUUUUCUUGCUUGAUUUGAGGAGGGUUAUUAUGUAAUUUUGUUGUUGUUUUUUUAUGAAUUGAUGGAUUAGGAUUUCUUAGUGGUAAUAAAUUGGAGAAAGGGCUGCUGAAUUCAUGCUAAUAUUUUACUUCUACUGUUUUGUUUUGUUUUCUCAAUUCAAUGAAUGAAUGAUGAUUAUUUUGAGCUAGUAA